AUGCGCCACCUCUUCGCGUUGGCGGCUCUCGUCGCCUUCGGCGCCGCGGCCGAGUUGUGCACCGGCGACCAGUGCCCGGUGCCUGCCGGCGCGCCGGGCCAGCGGGUGGACGACUCUUCCGAAGACGACUUUGUCGUGCUCAAUGAGGAUGACUCGGACCUCGACGAGGACCUGAUUGGAGAGAGAGAGGAGGCCGGCGGUGGAGCCGAGGCGGCGUCCGAGGCGGCCAAGGCGGGGGCCUCGGAGCCGGCCGCAGAGGCGGAGGCAGAGGCGGAAGCGGAGGUUGCGAUGGAGGCGAGCGUGGAGAGCGACGGUGACGCGGCGUGGAGGGAAGCGGCUGCCCGGAAGGAGGCGCGCGCUGGCGCCGCGCCGGCAGCGGAGGCGGCAGGGGAGGCGGAGGCGGAGUCGAAGCAGCCGGAGGCCGGAGCGGAGGCGGCACCGGCGCCAGAGGAGGCGGCGGCGGAGGCGGCGGCGGCGGCGGAGGAGGCGGCAGAGGCGGCAGAGGCGGCGGCGGCAGAGGCGGCGCCGGCGGAGGUGGCGCCGGCGGAGGCGGCGGCGGUGACGUCCGGUGCGGUCGCAGGCAGCAAGCUGUCGCAGAGCAAGGUUGCGGGCGGCGCGGGCGUCGCCGCCACCGCUCCGCCCGGCGCUUACUCGAACGCCGACCUCGAGGCGGACCUGGCGGUGGUGCAGGUGACCGCGCACCUCGGGCUGGUGGACAAGCUGCUCGACGCGCUCGCGAACGUCACCUUCGGGCUGGGCGACACCGACCGCGACGGCUCGCUCUCUCGCUCCGAGGCGGCCUCCUUUGCCACCUCGCACCUGGUCGAGACGUCUCCGCUCGGCCGCACACUCGGGCUGUCCGGCGGAGAGCUGCCGCUGCAGGACGGCGCCAAGGCCAUCCCUCCUCCGCAGCGGAGCGGCGGCGCGGCUCAAGCGCCCCCGGCGAGCAAGGCAGACGCGAUGGCGGAGGUCGAGGCGAUGAUGAAGGCCUACACCAGCGCCGCGGGCGGCGCCGGCGCGGGCGGCGCCGGCGCCGGCGCCGGGAGGCAGCGCCAGGCGGGCGGCGCUGCGGACGCGGCGCUCGCGCCUCUGCAGCGGGCGCUGCAGUCGGCGCUCGCCGCGGCAAAGUCGAACUUGCGCAAGCCGAACCUCAACACCGCCCUCGCCGCCUCGGGCGCCGGCUGCCUCGCCCUGCGCGAGGUGCUCUCGCACGACCUGCUCGGCGCGAGGGAGGCGCUGCGAGGCGUCAUCGGAGGGCCGCUGCCAGAGUUCCUCGGCCGCCUGCGCAACUUGGCGGGCGCGGCGAUGCUCGCGGCGGCCUUCCUCAAGUUUGAUUAGCCGUCGGCCGUGGCGGUGCGAGGCUAGUCAUGCCGGGGAGGCCGGCGAGCCGUCGCUCACUCCUCACAG